AAAGUGUACUGCCGAAAGCAGUUAUUCUAAACGAAGCGCAACAGCACCACGAACCAGGUAACUGGCCUGUUACUUCAUUUCGAAUUUUCACGUCGCGUACAAUGUACCGCGUAUAUUUUUCGCCGUUUAAUACCAAAACAAAAUCGAUGUAAGAUAUAAAAUGUCGUUAAAUAUUCGCGUUAAGCAAUUUCGUUUGGCCAAAUGCAAAGGUGAAAAAAUUGCCAAGAUUGAAUUUCGGGGUGUUCAUUAUUUUACGAAAAUUUUAGAAGAUAGAAGUGAAAUUCUAACUGUUGAUCAACGUUUUGAAUGGAAAGUUGCAAGAUUCAUAGAUAGUCACGAACAACUACAUAUACAAUUAUUCUCUUAUAGUAGAUGUUUGAAUCACCGAUUAAUCGGUUCAUUUAGUAUCGUCUUGCAACGCCUGUUACAAGUGGGACGAUUAUCAUUAGACGAAGUUUUGGUCGAUUCAAAUAAUCAGCCACUGCCGGUUUCUGUCGAAUGUGAUAUUUGGUAUCAUCAACCAGAUGGAGAAUCCUCAUUACUGGAAUCCUGGUCCGAUAACAGGACUCUAGAUGAAGACCAACAAAUGCUAAUAGAUAUAGGACAAAAUAUAGCCAAUUUAGAAAAAUCAUUCCUCUAUAGCAAACCAGACGUUUGGUCACCGAUGGUGGAAUCAAUGGAUACCAGAGAUAUGCAGCCUUUAUUAAAACGCGAAAACUCAUUCAGUUCUCCGGAGGUUACACCUAAAGAGAAAAAAAAAACUUCCAAGAUAAAAAACAGCGUCAAAAAUUUAAUGAGGAUAGGAAAACAACGAUCUUGGUCAGCCAACGAUAAAGAAGAAUUAUUACAAAAUGUUCAAGGCGAAUCGUCGCGAAUGACUAGUCAUCAUACAGCUCCAGCUCUCACUUGUAAUACCGCUCCGUCAUCGGAUAAUGAAUCGAUUAUCUCCUUAUUUGAUGAACCAGUUGGACAGAAAAAAGCCAUGAAAGCGAAGAGCUCAGUUUUUGGAGUACAAAACGCUUUAAAAUCUCAAGACUUUCAAGUCUGCAUUACCAUUAUAGAAGGAAGACAGUUGGCUGGUUUAAAUAUGGAUCCAGUCGUCUGCGUGCAAGUCGGAGAUAUCAAAAAAUAUACCAGCGUUAAAGAGAGUACAAAUUGUCCGUACUAUAAUGAAUACUUCGUGUUUGAUUUUCAUAUGCCAGCAGUUAUGUUGUUUGAUAAAAUAAUAACGUUAACGGUUUUACAUUCUAGAAAAAUAUUACGAUCCGGAACCGUAGUAGGGUCGUUUAAAAUAGACCUAAGGACUGUAUAUGACGCGCCAGAGCAUCAAUUUUACCACAAAUGGGCGUUAUUAACGGAUCCUGACGACAUAGCCGGUGGGCCCAAAGGUUAUUUAAAAUGCGAUAUUUGUGUAAUUGGCAAAGGGGAUACCAUAAAAAUACCAGCCAAGAUGGAAAAAGACGAAGACGACAUCGAAGGGAAUUUAUUAUUACCCGAUGGUGUACCGGUAGAAAGGCAAAGAGCUCGUUUUAUUGUGAAAAUUUACAGAGCUGAUGGUCUCCCAAAAAUGAACAGCUCGAUUGUUGCCAACGUAAAAAAAGCUUUCACUGGAGAAUUAAAAGACUUGGUAAAUCCUUACGUUCAAGUCUCAUUUGCCGGAUUAACGGGUAAAACAAGCGUAAAGAAACAUUGCUACGCUCCGGUAUGGAACGAGCAGAUAGUUUUCUACGAAAUGUUUCCUCCCUUGUGUCAGAGGAUCAAAAUACAGCUCAGAGAUAAUGAUCCAGUGAACAGUAACGUUAUCGGAACACAUUUCGUUGAUCUCAAAGAAAUAUCAAACGACGGAGAAAAAGGAUUCCUACCGACGUUCGGUCCAGCUUUUAUUCAUUUGUACGGGUCAACCAGGGAUUACUGUCUGAUUGAUGAGCAUUCGUCUCUAAACGCUGGUCUCGGCGAAGGUGUCUCGUAUAGGGGUCGCCUGCUCAUAGCGGUUAGAACCGAAAUAACAGAGAGUUUCGAUAUCGUCUCUUCAGAAGUAGAAAUUGAACCCACAUAUCCAAUAACCGAGUCAGCUUAUGGCAAAUCGGAAGAAUUUUUUUUAUUUUGUUCCAUUUUGGAUGCGACGAUGAUCGAGAGGAAAUUGGGAGAGAAACCUUUAUUUUUCGAAAUAAGCGUUGGCAACGCUGGUAAUAUAAUGGAUGGACACAAUGAUUCUCAGAAUAACGAAGCUCCCGAGCAAUCAGAACCCUUGCAUACUGUUGUGUCUACUGAAAGCGAAGCUUGGCAAAGUACAACACCAUCAAUGAAACCAAUGACACACGAUAGAGUGUAUUACUUUUUGCCGUAUUGGGACGAUAAGCCAUGUAUGUAUGUGAGGUCAUGUUGGCCAGAUUAUCGACGAAGGAUGUACAACUCUAAUAUUAUAAUGAAAUUGAUGGAGAAUUUAGACGAAGGCUUGUCUGAGGUUUACCAUAUGAUAGAAACAGAUCAAACAGACGCCGACCGUAAAUUAAGACUGGUUUUAGAGGAUCUUACAAUUGGAUGCAAUAAAUACCUUUCUAUUUCAAAAGGAGCCGGAUCAGGGCCCGGAGUGGGUAAAACAAGACUCGACCGAGAACGAAUGAAAAUGUGCCAUAAAGAAAUAGAUUUAAUGGGAAGAAAUGCUCGAAAUUUGAAAGCAAUCGUUACCAAGCAUUCUUUGAAAGAACGGUAUAAAACAGCGCAAGGUUAUUUACAAAAACUCAAAAAUAUGGUCGAAGACCCACAACACGCACUUCCUGAUGUUUUUUUAUGGCUGGUGAGUAAUGGCAAGAGAUACGCGUAUCAACGAAUAGCGGCGAAAGAUUUGAUAUUCUCGAUGGUUGAAGAGGAAUGCGGAAAAUUUUGUUCAAAAGUUCACACAAGGUUUUUAAAACUUCCGGGUAAAAAAGGAACUGGUACGAGUGGCUGGACGAUUCAGACAAAAUUAGAUAUUUAUUUAUGGUUAGGUUUGCUGAAACAUAAAAAAUAUUUCCUCAAUGGUUACCCAAAAGGAUACGAGAUGACAAACGAAGUUAGAAAUAUAGAACGACCAUACGCCCUUCCCCCGUUAAAAAUACAUUACACCGAGAAAUACACAUUUCAAUUUCGAGCUUACAUGUACCAAGCGAGAUCGUUGAUAGGAUCAGAUGCUUCAGGUUUAUCAGAUCCUUUUGCUCGAGUGAUCAUUGGAGAAUACAUGAGAGUAACUCAGGUGAUAGACGAAACUUUAAGUCCAACGUGGGACGAGUUAUUGGUCGUAGAUAACAUUUUAUUGUACGGUUCGAAGCAAGAUAUUAAAAAAGAACCACCGGCCAUUGUAAUAGAAAUUUUCGACCAAGAUAAAGUGGGUAAAUCCGAAUUUUUAGGUAGAACUACGGCUCGACCUCAUGUUAAAUUAUCAGACGAACCUUACAUGAAACCAAAUUUUCCACCUUCGUUAGAAUGGUACGAUAUUCACCGAGGAAAUGAACACGCUGGCGAACUUUUAGCAACGUUUGAACUUCUACAGAUAACUUCUGAUUUAGAAUUGCCAGAACUUCCACAACCCAAAGAUAUUUAUAUAUUACCAGUAAACAAUCAACCUCACAUAGGGCCCAUUUUACCCGUACCAAAAGGUAUACGACCAACAUUAGCAAAAUACAGAAUAGAAGUUCUCUUCUGGGGUCUGAGGGAUUUAAAACGUGUUCAUUUGAUGGCUGUAGAUCGACCGAGGGUAGACAUAGAAUGUGCUGGAAAUAUUUUAUAUUCAUCUGUUAUACAGAAUGCCAAGAAAAAUCCAAAUUUCAGCAAUCCAGUCAAAUUUAUAGACUUGGAACUCCCAGAGGAGGAACUUUACAGACCACCUUUAACAAUACGUGCUGUUGACUGUCGAAGUUUUGGACGUUUUACGUUGGUAGGCACUCAUAUGAUAAAUUCGGUUCAGAAAUACAUUUACGAUCCGGCGAUAAAACGAGAAAAAGAAGACGAUAAAAAUAAACCCUCGCAGCAAAUGCCGAAUGGGUAUUGUGUUUACGAUAGCGGUCAGAACGAAAUAGGUGUCAUUAAUUGCGGUGAGGUUUACCCUGAAACUUUGUGUUCGAUUAACGAAGUAAUAAUUAAAAUGGACUGUGAAAUGACUAAUGACAAUAAAACUCUUAAAAAAUCAACAAGGAGUCGUAAAAGAAGUAUGGAAGAUAUGUUAGAUGAAGAUACAGACGAAGAUAAUAACGACUGGUGGACGAAAUAUUUUGCUUCUAUGGAAGCAGCUGCUCAAGAAGAACACGAGGCAGCGAAAAUAAAAUUUUUACAAGAUCAAUCAAAUAUGCUACCAAAACCAGAAGCUGAAUGUGAUAUAAAAGGUUCCAAAAGUAAACUGGGGUCUUCUGCAGCUUCUAAAAUCGUAUCCAAGUGGAGUCCCAAAAGCGCCCAACGUAAAAAGAAAAAAAGAAUAGCAAAAUUUAGAAUAUACUCGAAUGAAUUAGAAGCCCAGCCAGAAUUCAAUAGAUUUAAAGAGUGGUUAUUGCCAUUCGAUCUGUACAGAGGUAAAAAGACUGAUGAAGAUUCCGAAGACGAAAGUAGAGUUGUUGGUAUAUUCAAGGGCUCGAUAAAAGUGUACAAAUGGCCUUUACCGAAAGACAUCGAUGACCAUACAAUUAUGGGUUUUGAUCCUCAGUAUGGGUUUUUUCAAGGCGUUCCUUCAAAUGAUCCGAUUCACGUAUUAGUAAGAGUUUACAUAGUUAAAGCAAAUGAUCUCCAUCCGACUGAUUUAAAUGGGAAGGCAGAUCCUUACAUCGUUUUGCAAUUAGGAUCAAAAAGAAUUAGUGAUAAAGACAAUUACAUUUCGAAACAACUCAAUCCAGUGUUUGGAAAGUGUUUCGAAAUCGAAGCAACAUUCCCGCAAGAUUCCAUGCUGACUAUUCAGGUUUUAGAUUGGGAUUUAGUAGGAUCGGAUGAUUUAAUAGGUGAAACGAGAAUCGAUCUAGAGAACAGAUUUUACAGCAGGCAUCGUGCAACUUGUGGCAUAGCUGAAAAAUAUGAAACAGUUGGCUAUAACAGAUGGAGAGAUCCAAUGAAACCUACACAAAUACUAGCCAAGCUUUGUAAAGAUUCAAAGCUCGAGCCACCUUCUUAUAUGAAUGGUACAGUGAAAGUUGGUCGUAAGCUGUUCAAAAUUCAAAGCAUAGAUGAUAACCACGAAUGGAUUCGUGCGAAAGGAGUCGAAGAACAAAUGGCAUUAGCUGUGUUACAUCAUUGGAAUCAGAUCCCUCGAGUGGGUUGUAUUUUAGUUCCUGAACACAUAGAAACACGACCUUUAUAUAAACCUGACAAAAUUGGCAUAGAAAGGGGUAAAUUGGAAAUGUGGGUUGAUAUGUUCCCUAUGGAUAUGCCUCUACCAGGACCACCAAUUGAUAUUUCUCCUAGAAAACCAAAAUCAUACGUUUUACGAGUAAUAAUAUGGAACACUGAUGACGUAGUAUUAGAGGACGAUGCUUUUUUCACUGGUGAAAAAAUGUCCGAUAUAUACGUAAAAGGUUGGCUCAAGGGUCCUGAAGACUGCCAGUGCACAGAUAUACAUUACAGAUCAUUAACCGGAGAAGGGAAUUUCAAUUGGCGAUUCAUAUUUCCAUUUAAUUACCUGAUAGCCGAAGGGAAAAUUGUGACAUCGAAAAAAGAAUCAUUGUUUUCUUGGGAUGAGAGCGAAAGUAAAAUCCCAGCUCGCCUUGAAUUACAAGUUUGGGAUGCAGAUCAUUUUUCUGCUGAUGAUUUUUUGGGAGCUUUAACAUUGGAUCUUAAUAGAUUUCCUAGAGGAGCAAAAUCUGCUAAAUUAUGUACAUUAGAUAUGUUGAAUAAUGAUGGUACAGUACCGAUGAUUAAUAUAUUCAAACAAAAAAGAGUGAAAGGAUGGUGGCCUUUUUACGUGAAGAAAGAAAACGAAGAAAUGGAAUUAACGGGAAAAGUUGAAGCUGAAUUGCACCUCCUUACUCAAGAAGAAGCAGAAAAAAAUCCAGCUGGACAAGGGCGCAGUGAACCAGAUCCUUUGGAUAAACCGAAUCGUCCAGACUCGUCAUUCAUGUGGUUCAUGAAUCCAAUCAAAUCAAUCAGAUAUAUAAUAUGGCAUAACUAUAAGUGGACUAUAUUAAAAAUUAUAGUAAUACUUUUCCUUGCUGUAAUGAUCUUGAUAUUCUUUUACUCAAUUCCAGGCUAUAGCGUUAAAAAAAUGCUUGGAGCGUAGUGUUCAAAUUCGCAUGCCUACCUAUUUUGUAUUAUAAAAAACUACCUUUGUACCUAUACCUAAUAAAAAAUUAUCAGUAUUACUAAAAUCUUAUAAAGUUACCAGACUAUGUACCUCUAUACCUAUUAAUAUUAAUGUAUAGUUGAGAUAAAAUAAACCACAUUUGCUAUAA